AUGGCGGAAAGUGUGGUUCAUGAUAUUUUGGAUCAGCUGAAAAGCCUCACAGCGCAAUCUUCGGCUGAUCGGGAUGUUGAGGUGGCUCAGCCCACUCCUCAGGACUAUGUUCUCAAUGCACCGGAAGAGAUCGACGCGCGUGUCUCAACACCCACCCUGUCUGAUAUGACAGAUAUCGACGAGGCACUUCUAGAUACCAUGGAUUCAGCUCAUGUGUCCCAGUCGGUCUACCCAGUGACUCAUUUCAUUAGUCCUACUGCUCCGCGGGUCAGUUACCACGUCUCCACGUCUGGCGAAGUAAUCAUCACGGAAGAAGCCCAAGCUGCUGGCUUGUCGCCAAAGUUAAAAACCACGCCCACCACCGCUACCAAACAACUUCCUUCCUUGGCAGUGGAGCGCAUCAUCGGCCCAAAGCAACCAAUCCCGGGCCGUAUCCUCGAGCUUCUCGAGGAAUGGCACGAGGACGCUCCAUAUACCGAACAUCCGGCCGCUUUGGCUGGCCGUGCGCCAUCUACGUGGAAGAAUUUCCAGGUUUUCAAUGACGAUGGCGAUGAGUCUGACCUAUCCAUUUUUCAAAUCUCACUGAAAGGCCAGGCCCGUCGCAACUUAACUUACCGAAUUAUGAUCCUCCAUGCACAGAGCGGGCCCGAAGAGCUCGUAGUCUAUGGAAAUCCUCGCCCCAAGCUCAAGGGACCCUUGACCAAGGGUGCCAGGGGGAUGUACCUGGUUGACUGGCUCGAAAUCAAGAAAAAGGGAGAGGUGCAGGCAUGUGGGCUCAAACUGUGGAGAACCGAUGAGGAGAACAUUAGGUUCAGUCCACACAUGUUUGAUGAUGGGCGGAAGUGCACUCGGUUUCCUGGACCGAACGACAUUUUCAGCACCCGUGUCUCAAAUUCAACCCCGAAGAAGCCGAGUGAGUCAACUGAGGAUAUCAAGGAGGCCGGAUCCAACGCAUCUGAGCCGCCUUCUACCCCCUCGAGGUCUAGGCGCCAAAUCUCGACUAGCAUCAAAGUCGAGAGCGGAGACGAAAACAGAACUCCAGUUACCUCACGCCCGUCAUGGGAAAGGGAUAUCUGGACGGGUUCAGCUUCCAAAAAUCACGAUCGAUUUUAUACACUUGGAAGUUCCUGGAGACCCUCUCAAAAGAGGCGCCGCAGCACGUUGGGCUCUAAUGACGAAGUCUCUGCGGAGAUAUUUGUCCGCUACAAACUCAUGUCCGACGUGUCUGAUCAGGUGCGCAUUUUCAAGACUGGCGAUGCCAAGAUCAUCUUCCAAAAGGCCCGGGAGUUUUACAAAGACCUGGAUAACUGGACGGGACUACUGUGCACUGUUUCCGGUGUCCAGGGAGUUCGUUACGUGGGGGAAGGGUGUGUGGAUGAGUUUGAUAUCCUCCAGGAGGAUAUUCGGAAGUCUUCUGGCCCUUGUGGUGAAGACCGCGUGGUGGAGGUGAAGCCCGCCAUGGGCUUCUAG